UCAUUGCCUCCUCAAAUCACACAUCAAACUGGACCGACAAAGCGUAUUGAGUCUAGACUCGCAAGUCACCAAACAACAACGUCAGGUCAACUUCCAUAUUCAGGCCCAGAAUACACACAACCGAAAUUGGUAAAAGAAAAGUAGGACCACAAUGUCGCACCACUGCCACGACGAACACCACGACCACUCCCACGGCGGAGAACAUGACCACUCAGACGACAUCACACCGGCACUGCAGUUCUCUCUGUACCAACACAUCAAGUUUGAUGAAAUCACGACGCUGAACGAGGCGCGGUAUGGGUCUGGAAAGGAGGUGGUGAAGAAGACGUGGGCCGACAGGAUGGCGCCAGAGCCUGAGGUGGAAAGCGAUGCCGACGAGCAGCUCUUGAUGAACGUUCCGUUCACCGGCCAAAUCAGGCUGCACUCGAUCCUGCUGCGCACGUCCGACUCGGACUCGGCGCCCAAGACGCUCAAGGUCAUCAUCAACCGGGACGAUGUGGACUUUGGGGUGGCCGAGGAGACGGAUGGGACGCAGGUGUUUGAGCUGAGCCGGACGAGCGAGGUGCAGGAGUUGCCCGUGCGACGGGCGCGCUUCAACGCCGUCCGGCGGCUGACGCUCUUCUUUCCGGAUAACUUUGGCGAGGGCGAGGAGGACGUCACGCGCAUCUCGUACGUAGGGUUCAAAGGCGAGUGGAUGCAGCUCGGCCGCGCACCGGCAAAUAUCAUGUACGAGGCGGCCGCGAACCCGUCGGAUCACAAAAUCAAGGGCACGAGCGUGAAUCAAAUGGGUAGCGGUAUCGGUGGGCAGGGGCCAGGAAUUUGAGGGCAUAUAUACAAAUACAAAGC